AGUUUGUUUGGUAAUCUUUUCACUUCUGUUGUUUACAGCGUGCGAUUUGCAGGCUCUCGAAACAAUACACAAGUCUUCUCCUUCUCAACUAAGUGCAAGCAUCUCGGGAUUUGGGCUCCUUGCCGCUCGUCUUCUAAGUGGUCUUUCCACUUUGAUCAUUCUUGUUUCUUCUUCUCAGGGGUUCUGUUGAUAUACGUCACUCACCCCUCCUUUUUUUUUAAACCUCAUAAUUGUUUGUACUCUCCGCCCUGCUCAAGAUCUUAAUGCACUUACGUUAGGCUUAGUUGUUUUCCGUUUUUCUUUUCCUUCUACUCCAUCGACUGUACCGAGCAAUUCAUUCGAGCCUUGACCUUACUGUCUUCUCUUAUUUUCCUUUUUUUUUCGUGUAGAUGAUUGAGGACAUCGCCUCUCCGCAGAAAGGGGAGCGCGGGUCGUGGAAGAGGGGCUCCUUCGUUCGCCCUCGACACUCCGUGACGGUGUUCCCCGACGACACCACCCGCUCCCAGGCGGACCGGGCCCUGAUUGUGUACCAGAACGUGCGUCGGCCCUCGCCGGAGGCGACUGAAAUGACGGAGCUGCUGGCCAAGGCGCGCGUCGUGCUGCCCGCCAUCAUGAACUACCUCUACUUCGGCUCCACCCAGGUCGCCGUGGUCUACUUCGGCAAGCGGGUCAAUCGCCACGGCUUCAAGUCGGGCCUCCGCGACGGGGCACAGGAUUUGAAAAUUCGACUUGUCCGCUACUUGACAGCGGAGAUGUGGCCGCCGCUGCUGCGCACCGAUGCACCGGAUGAGUCGCUUGGGCUGGACGGGUCGAUUCAAUUGGAGGGCGGGGUGGCUGCAGCGACUACGGGUGGCUUAGGCGGCUUGACCGGUGCUGCUACUGGUAGUGGUGGUGGUGGGUCUGCCCCCGCCGGCAAGGCAGCGGCGCAUGAGAAGGAGAUGGAGCAGGAGCGGCUGUGGUUUCGCCGCUCCAUCGAGAACCAAAUGCAGGUGCUGCUCUAUCUGAAGAACUCGACGGAUGGGAAGUCAAAAUACCUGAAGGUGGUCCUGCAGAACACGGCGCACCGUCUUUACUUCGACGUGUGCGACACGAAGGAGGAGAAGUACCGCUGGGACCUUCGCAUGCUCUUUACACGCAUGAUGGACAACCUCGAAACGCAGAAGGCCAUCGACAGCUACGAGUCCUACCUCGAGUACUUCCGCGAGGCAUGUGCGACGGCGGCGAAGAAUGCGCUGUUCCUCGAGCGACCUCGUCAGCCAAUGCUGGAGGUGGUGCUGUGGACGAAACCAAAGCCGCACGUGAACCGAGACUGCUCACCAGCCUCGUGGGCGUUCCCGUCCAACCUGCUUCCCGCGCAGCAGUCCACCGACAACCACGAAGGCACUGAGAGCAUCACCGAGGCGGUCACGCCGCUCGAAUUACCACCGAGCUCCGCCGCGCCCGCGAGUUUCUCCAAUUUGAAGGCGAAUUCUAAACGUGCCGGAGCCGGCGCGACAGGAGUGGCGGUAACGCAGGUGCUGCAGCGGCUCUGUUCGACGGCCGAUGCCGCGCAGUGGCAAGUACACAGCGUGCCAGUGGAUGAGGGGAGCGACUCCUCAUCGAACCGCGUCUCGCCUGCGCAACCAUCGAUCGCCGCAGCCACGGCCAGCGCGUGCCGCUCCCCAACCCCCGUCUUCUCUCACGCUUCUCUUCUGUCGCCCACGACGCUCGGCGCGCGUCACUCGCACACCACCCGCUCCAGGGGCUAUCAGUGGAUGUCUAACCUUCAAAAGCCGGAGAGCACCACGCUCGAUUACAAGAGCUACUUCUUCAACACCACGCUGGAAAUCAGCCACCGAUGCGUCAAGUUCAUGUGCGGCUUCUUAAACGCCUACGGGGAGGGCAAGCUGGUAGUGGGGGUGCACGAGAUUCCGCGCAGCUCCCUUGCCAACACAGACGAGCGCAAGGAGGAGGGGACGAGGAUUGUGCUGCACAACGACUUGGUGGACCAGUUUGUGGUCGGCGCGCGUGUCUCGGGGCCGGAGUUGGAGUGUCUGCAGGUGGACGUCUCGGAGCAGCUUCUGUGCUGCAUCCCACCUAUUCCCCCACGUGCGGUGCAGGUGGACGCGGUGCCGGUGCGCUUCCCGCAGGACUUCGCAUACGCCUCGCGGGUGCUCAUUCUGUUCGACUUCCUCAACCCAGUCGGGCCGGCCCGCGAUGCGCUGAAGCAGAAGAGCAACUACGCGAUCCGCUUUCUGUUUACGCUGGGGCUGAGCAUCGUGCCGCUCGACCUGCCGGUGGACGAGGUGCGUGCGAUGCUGCAGGCGACGGCACUCGCGGAGACGAGCGUGUGCGACGUUCCGCCCACCGACGUCGUGUGGGCGAAUGCGAACACGGAGGCCUACUUGAUCGCCGCUGUCGAUGACCCGGCCGCGCUCGCGGAGUCGGAGUGGGAGGAGCGGCUCGCGAGUUCGCUCAACCGACACAAGCAGCGUUGCUACCACGCUAUCAUCGAGUACGAACCGGCCAAGACGAGGACGCUGGUGUUGCCCGAGCUCUUCGUGUUGGAGGUGUCCGUCGACAUUAAGCGCUGCGGCUACGCCCCCCUCGCCAAGUACAAGGGGAAGUUUUUUGCGGGUUGGCCGUCCAUCCCUGUCUGGGACCCGACGACGCGAUCGGUGCGGGCCGUGGAGCGCAACUACAGCGUGCUGGCGUCGCAGCCGGCGGCGCAAUUGCAGAAUACCUGGCAGAGGAUGCAGCAAAACACCCGCCUGUCGCGCGCGGCACUCCCGCUCUCCGUCGGUGUGGCUUCUGCAGGAAGCGCCAACGCGACACUCGAGGGGGAGGAGGCACCGACAACCAAUACCGCCACGUCAUCUUCGCCGUUCGCAGACGGCAGUGGUGGCACUGUCACUGGGACGGCGCUGGUGAGUGCGCAAGACGAGCAGAAGAAAAGUAUCAGUUUCCAACACGAGCUCGUGCAAGAAGGCUGGGUGUGGUUUGCGCAGCCGGCGAUCAUGGGCCGCGUCUUGGCCUUCCUGUACAACCCGCAGAGCAUCCGCGAUAUUCUCCAGUUCCGCCUCAUACACCCCCUUACCAACUUCUGCUUCGAGAACCGUCAGGGCAAUUAUCUAGUGCAGAUGAUCUACACCACGCCUGUUGGAGUGCCCAUCUUCAACUCCCCGUCGGAGCAGAUCUCCCGCAUUCAGUACUCCUUCCUGCACGCCAACAUCCCACCGCUGCCGCUUCUACUGUGUCACUGCUACGAGACGAUCGGCAACUUGCCCUCGCCCUACCCCUUUGUGGCGGUGCCGCUGGUGCAGCAGACCUUCCGCGUUGCUCCCUGUUUAGUCCCUCUCUUCUAUCGUCAGCAUUACUUCGACGGGCACCUGCAACUUGCCGUGGCGCUGGAUCUGCGCGACAGCCUGCUGAAGACAGUCGAGCUGCGCAGCGGGAACUUGAUCUUGGACACUGUCGUGGGCAUUGGCUUUGAGCCGAUGAACAAGCGCCAGCUCAUGCGACACUUUCUGCGCCGCCGUCAGAUUGACUCCCAUGCGGACGGAGUGGCGCGCAACGGCAGCUUCAACACGAUCAUGGGCAAUGAGGGGAGCGCGUCCGCCACGUCCGCGGAUGAGGAUGAUGUGCUGCUGAAGGAAAGUUUCAUUGCGCGGCGCGCCUUCCAGCCGCAGGCGCUGACGCACGACACAGAGAGCCACAUGGGCAGUCUCCUCGUGUCCCCGAGCUCCGUCGAGGUGAUGCAUGCCAGCACGGAACGUGAAGUCGAGGCGGACAUCCCGCUGCUGCAUUUCUGCUUCUUGUCGCGGAAAGCGGUGGAGAAGGGCGGCUAUCUGGCACCGGAGGAGCUGCCGCGCAGCUGGCGGAAGGACCCGACCGACGGCGCCGGCCGACCAUCGCGGGAAGGGGCCGCGUCGCCGGAGGCGCAACGGGGCAGCCCCGCACCGAAGCCAGUUGGUGUGCCCCCGAUAGAGAGCAGUCGAAGAGGCAACUCCACCACACCCGUGGCUGAUGACAAGGAUGCGAACAGCAGCAGUAACAACAACGAUGACGGCUUUGCCGAGAACGGCGAUCCGGCGGCGAUGGAGGCCCCGGUGGCGCACGGCCGAUCGUGGACGCUGCAGCACCUCCUAUACUGGUACAACGCUUUCCUGACCGACCGCGAGCACUACAGCGUUUUUGGCUGCGGACACCGCUCCAUUGCGUUUCACGUCUCCUCGCUCUCGGAGGUCUGCGAGGAGUGCGUGGAAGCAGGUGCGGUCGAGGCCGUCCACUCAUCGGCCCUUUAUCGCAAUGAUGCGUCUUGCGAUUUUGCACCGAGCCGGGGCAUGUGCGUGCUGCAUCGCAAGGUGCACGACUGGUUGGCUGUGUAG